AGGCGCUGUGGAGCUGUACAGCGAGAGAGCGAAAUUGGGGGGAGAAAAAGAAGAAGAAAAGCGAGAGGGAUUUCCAUGAAAAACUCGCGUGUGUGAGUGUGUAAGAGUGUGUGUUCCUCCCUGUGUCUCCUCACAGCUGCUCCUCUAAUAUUUACACGCGCUUUUAUUCCUGACACGAUGGACAUGAAGAAGAGGAUUCACCUGGAGCUGAGGAACAGAACACCGUCGGAUGUGUGUGAACUGGUGCUGGAUAAUUGUCGCUCUGACGAGGGGAAGGUUGAGGGUCUGACGUCAGAGUUUGUGAACUUGGAGUUCCUCAGUCUGAUCAACGUGGGUCUGACGUCCAUCUCCAACCUCCCCAAACUGCACAAACUCAAGAAGUUGGAGCUGAGUGAUAACCGGAUCUCAGGUGGCCUGGAGGUUCUGGGGGAGAAGCUGCCCAACCUCACACACCUGAACCUGAGUGGGAACAAACUGAAGGACCUGAGCAUGCUGGAUCCUCUGAGGGAUCUACUCCGUCUGAAGAGUCUGGACCUGUUUAACUGCGAGGUCACGACCUUGGAUGAUUACAGGGCGAGUGUGUUUAAGCUCCUCCCCCAGAUCACCUACCUGGACGGGUACGACCCUGAGGACAAAGAGGUGAGCGACUCGGACGCAGAGGGAGGUGAUGAAGAUGAGGACGAAGUGAACUCUGAGGAAGAGGAGGACGAGGAUGAAGAUGGAGAGGAGGAGGAGGACGAGGAAAACGAUGAUGAGGAAGAUGAGGAUGAAGAGGGGAGUGGAGAUGAGGAUGAAGACUCUGGUCAGGAGGAGGAUGAAGAUGAAGAUGAGGAGGAAGAUGAAGACGAUUGUAAAGGAGAGAAGAGGAAACGAGACCCUGAAGAUGAAGAUGACGAUGAUGAGGAUGAUGAUUAAGU